CCGCAGGCUCGGCAGGCCCCACGCUGCUGGCCGCUGCUGCCACCCUUACCUUCCGGGCUGCCCGCUGCUGUGGGGACACCAUGCCCCUAUCCAGGCCCGGAGACUAACCCCAAACCUGCACCAUCUCCGGCGAACCCCAGGGUUCCGCCCCAGCCCAACAGGUCAACCUGGGAAUCAUUAACAAGAGUCCCUGACAUGGCGAAGGAGGAUGAGGAACCUGGGGCUCACAGAGGAGGUUCCACUUGUCCAAGACCCCAGCCCAGAAAGGGUGGCCGGACUGCAUCAUGCUGUUCCAGACCCAAGGUGGUAGCUCUCACUGUGGCUACCCUGCUCUUCCUGACAGGCGCUGGGGCCGCGUCCUGGGCCAUUGUGACCAUCCUACUGCGGAGUGAGCAGGAGCCACUGUAUCAAGUGCAGCUCAGUCCUGGAGACUCGCGGCUUGCAGUGUUCGAUAAGACAGAGGGAACAUGGAGGCUGCUGUGCUCCUCACGCUCCAACGCCAGGGUGGCAGGGCUCGGCUGUGAGGAGAUGGGCUUUCUCAGGGCUCUGGCGCACUCGGAGCUGGAUGUGCGAACUGCGGGCGCCAAUGGCACAUCGGGCUUCUUCUGUGUGGAUGAGGGUGGACUGCCUCUGGCUCAGAGGUUGCUGGAUGUCAUCUCUGUAUGUGACUGUCCUAGAGGUCGAUUCCUGACUGCCACCUGCCAAGACUGUGGCCGCAGGAAGCUGCCGGUGGACCGCAUUGUGGGGGGCCAGGACAGCAGCCUGGGAAGGUGGCCGUGGCAGGUCAGCCUGCGUUAUGAUGGGACCCACCUCUGUGGGGGGUCCCUGCUGUCCGGGGACUGGGUGCUGACCGCUGCACACUGCUUUCCAGAGCGGAACCGGGUCCUGUCUCGGUGGCGAGUAUUUGCUGGUGCUGUAGCCCGGUCCUCACACCAUGCUGUGCAGCUGGGGGUUCAGGCUGUGAUCUAUCAUGGGGGCUACCUUCCCUUUCGAGACCCUACUAUCGACGAAAACAGCAAUGACAUUGCUCUGGUCCACCUCUCUGGCUCCUUGCCUCUCACAGAAUACAUCCAGCCGGUGUGUCUCCCUGCUGCAGGACAGGGCCUGGUAGAUGGCAAGGUCUGUACUGUGACCGGCUGGGGUAACACACAGUUCUACGGCCAACAGGCUAUGGUGCUCCAGGAGGCCCGGGUUCCCAUCAUAAGCAACGAAGUUUGUAACAGCCCCGACUUCUACGGGAAUCAGAUCAAACCCAAGAUGUUCUGUGCUGGCUAUCCUGAGGGUGGCAUUGAUGCAUGCCAGGGUGACAGCGGAGGCCCCUUUGUGUGUGAGGACAGCAUCUCUGGGACAUCAAGGUGGCGGCUAUGCGGCAUUGUAAGCUGGGGUACCGGCUGUGCUCUGGCCCGGAAGCCAGGAGUGUACACCAAAGUCAUUGACUUCCGGGAGUGGAUCUUCAAGGCCAUAAAGACUCACUCCGAAGCCAGCGGCAUGGUGACUGAGCCCUGACCAGCCUCGGCUCGCUGCUCCGCGCUGCACGGGCAUCCAGAGUCCGAGUUGGUCUGGUGACUCCAGCCCCACAUGGUAGGCCCCGCUCUGGGCCUCACAAGCGAUGGUUUUCUGCUCAGAUCCAGUCCACAGGUCCAAGGACACUGGGUCCAAGGACUGUCUCUUCCACAGUGGCCGGCCCACUCAAUCCCAGGGCCACUGGCCUUACCCUCCCGCCCCAUGUAAAUAUUACUCUGCCCUCUGGGGGCUGCUUUCUAGGAGCCCCUUGGGUGGAUGCUCUUUAAAUAAUAAAGGUGGUUUUGAUUAA